CAGACUGACCGCUUGUAGCAAGCGCUGGUGCAAUUAGAAGAGCGAGUCUGCGGCAGCUGGAAAAGGGAAUUGCGAGAGCUGUAACUUCAGAUUAAAAGGGAAGACCGUUGAAUCGGAUCCGAUUUUUACCGAGAUUACAACACGAAGGACGGGAUGCUUUAAAAGCUGUUUUGAGACCCAGUGGUGAUAUGCCGUCGGACACUCACAGAAUGAUGAGAAAAUAACCAGAGGAGCCACUCUACAAAGUAAUUAUCUGGCUAGUUGUGUGAGUUCAGUUCGAGUGGUCGAGUACUAGCGAGUCACGAGCCUAUUUGUGAAACCGCUCUUGUCCUGAAUUAUGGCGCAAAGGGCGAGGGCUUUGUAUGACUUUAGUUCAGAAAAUCCUGGGGAAAUAUCAGUGAAGGAAAACGAAAUUGUUACCCUGUACUGCGAACAAGACAUAGACGGGUGGUUGGAGGGGGUGAACAGUAGAGGGGAACGGGGGCUCUUUCCAGCCUCCUACGUGGAAAUUCUCAAGGACGACACCGUCUCUUCUUAUAAUAACAACAGCACAUCUGGGGAUGGGUUCCACAAUCCCAGGUAUGCCAACGUCCCAUCAGGUGGCAAUGACGCCUCAUACCCGACUCAGGAUAACGUAACACAAGAUCCCACUUACAAUUUGACGACUUUCCCCAUUGCUGCUCAACAGCAGCUCAGUUAUCAAACCAGCCAAGGGAGUGACGACGAUUGGGAUGACGACUGGGAUGACAGUUCGACUGUUGCGGACGAGCCUGGUGUUGUUGGAGGGAGUUAUCAGGAUUAUCGCAAUGGACCUUCUGCCUACAGAGUAUCCGCUUCAAUGCCUCGAGGCGGGGGCGCGCAGCAAGCUAAGAGUUCGGCUACUGUCAGUAGAAACCUUAAUAGGUUUUCAACCUUUGUCAAAUCCGGUGGUGAGGCUUUUGUGUUGGGGGAAGCAUCCGGCUUUGUGAAAGAUGGAGACAAAAUCUGCGUUGUGAUGGGUCAAUAUGGUCCAGAGUGGCAGGAGAACCCUUAUCCCUUUUCCUGCUACAUCGAUGACCCCACCAAACAAACUAAAUUCAAAGGCAUGAAAAGUUACAUGUCUUACAGAUUGACGCCUAGUCACACGCAGAACCAGGUCAAUCGAAGGUACAAGCAUUUUGAUUGGCUUUAUGCCAGGUUAGUGGAGAAGUUUCCCGUUAUUUCGGUUCCCCACUUACCUGAAAAGCAAGCCACGGGCAGGUUUGAGGAAGAUUUCAUUUCCAAACGAAGGAAAGGCCUGAUAUGGUGGAUGAAUCAUAUGACUAGUCAUCCAGUCUUGGCUCGAUGUGAUGUUUUUCAGCACUUCCUCACUUGUAGUAGUAAUGACGAAAAGGCCUGGAAACUGGGCAAAAGAAAGGCGGAGAAGGAUGACAUGGUGGGUGCUAAUUUUUUCCUUACUAUAAGCACUCCUGCAGCCCCACUUGACCUACAGGACGUUGAGAGCAAAAUUGAUGCCUUCAAAGCUUUCACAAAAAAGAUGGACGACAGCGUGCUGCAAGUCAACGCAACGGUAAACGAAUUUGCCAGAAAGCAGAUAACGGGAUUUAAGAAGGAGUACCAGAAAGUUGGACUAUCUUUUAGAGUCCUCAGCCAAGCUUUUGAGCUUGACCAACAAGCUUACUCGGCCGGUUUAAACUAUGCGAUCGCAUACACAGGGGAAGCUUAUGAUGCAAUUGGAGACUAUUUCGCUGACCAGCCCAGGCAGGAUCUUGAUCCUAUAAUGGACCUUUUGGCUCUUUACCAGGGGCACCUGGGUAACUAUCCCGAUAUCAUCCAUGUUCAGAAAGGGGCGCUGACCAAAGUGAAGGAGAGCCAGAAGCACGUGGAGGAGGGCAAGAUGGACGCCCCCCAGGCGGAGGGCAUCGGCGAGCGCUGCAACAUCAUCUCCUGCGCCACGCUGGCCGAGAUCCAGCACUUCCACCAGACCCGCGUGCGCGACUUCAAGGCCCAGAUGCAGCACUACCUGCAGGAGCAGAUCGGCUUCUUCCAGAAGAUCACCGGCAAGCUGGAGGAGGCCCUGCAGAAGUACGACAACGCCUAAGGGGCGAGGCCUGGGGCCUCAACCUCAUCCCCAACGCCAUGCCUUUCAGUCUUCACGUGGACAAGAGGGGAUUAGCAAGCAAGCACUCGUUUAGCAAUACAGGGGAGACGGAGUGCAAACUCUCAUCCACGUACCUGUUGCAUGAAUGCUUUCCGGUUGCUUCCUGGAUGCCUAUCUGAUGGCCAUUCUCUGAAGGAUUCUACCGUUGAUAAGAAGAUAGUGGAUUAUGUUAUGACCCCUCAUCAGACUGAGAUUGUUAAGAUAAUGGAGUUUAUGUUUUUAAGGUAACUGCAACAGCACAGCCAGUAAAGGCUCUCAACCCAGCAGUGGUUAUAGCUGAAUAGGUGGUUGCCAGUUGUGCUCAACAUAUUCAUGUAUUAGUAAAUAGCAUGCACAAUGAAAGUUAUAAAAGUUAUAGCUUUGCUUACUCUACCAAUGUAGCUUUUGUUAUUAGCCUUAUCGCAGCAAUUUUAAAGAAAAUGUUUAUGAGAUAUGCGUUUCUCUAGCCUCCAAGGAUGCUCAGAUUUAUUCUUCAUCACCGUUGAUUGGCCUUCCACCUCUGCCUUGGGUAAUCCCUCCAAACGCAUUGGGCCCUCCAAAUUUUUAAAUCAACUGUUUACAAGUUCCUAGCAGACCAGCUAUUGUCACUCUGUGCCUUGUAACGAUGUCUUUAAAUUAUCUUUUAUAAAUUUUAAAAGAUAUAUUUUCAGUUUUGUGUUAUUGAGUCCGUCAUGCAUUUCCAUCUUGUGAUAUUGUGUUAUAGUUGAAUGAGGGUAAUACCCUGGCUGUACAGACCACUCAGGAAGGAAGUGGCUGUUGAUUUACACUGUCCAUAGUGUACUCGUGGAGAGAGCAUACCCGCCUCUCUCCAUUGAGGCAUAUCUAGUGAGAAGGGGGAAAUUUCCAGGAAAAACAUAAUUGCUCCACAGGAUUAUGUAUUUGUCCCUUGGAAUUCCAAAAAAAUUCACCUGAGAGAUCUGUCUGGCUAAAGAAAAAACAGAGGAGUGGAAUACCAAGACUGAGGUGGGCUUUUUUUCCCCUUCCCAUCAGCAGCAGGACCCUCGUGAACAAACUCUUGAUGCCCUCGUCGCAGGAGCUCAGACAGCCCUAGCGUGUUUAGUUUGAGGAAACGUUCCCUGGUCUCACUUCCUCAGACUGUAAAAGGGUGAACUCGGUCCGUCUGACGAGAGCUGUUUGUCCAUAAUCAGGGAUUACUUGUAUUUUUUUUUUUUUUCAAACAAUUAGUACAAUAUCUGACUUUGCAGCUCCCCACUGUAGUUUUAUUAUAAUUCAUAGUGCUGGAGAUGUGAAACUUGUUUUAGCGUAGAAUCUGGAAAAACAAAUCUAAGCAAAAUAAACUCAUCUUGUACAAAGAUGCCUCAUAAUAUUUUUUUUUUUAUUGCCACAGUAUCCCUCUGCCAGCUUAUUUUCAAACACAGUUGUUUACUGACGUGGUUCUCAGACACGCUCCUAGGGGCCCACUGUGAAUGCUGGUUUUCAUUCCCACCUUGAUCCCAAUCCCAGAAUUUUUCUUAAUUGGAUACUUUUUAUGUUUUGAGGGAUCGUUUGCCUUCUUAAGGCACAUUAUGUCAGAGAUAGCUGUGCAUGCCAUGAAGAAUAGAAGUACCAUAUUCACAUUGUACCAUAUUGCAAAUUAUUACAUAAAAAGCAGUAAAACAUUUUUAAUUGAUUCAAUUAAAGACUGUGGUGAACCAAACAAACCGUUUGGUACUUAAUGAAGAAUUAAACAAUAGCGCAAAUGACAACGAGCCAAACCUGCAUGGUCUUAAUAAGUUUAAGGAAAGAAAUUGUGACACUUAAACACACAUGUUCAAUGACCUUAACUGAGCAAGAGAUUGACUGUAGCAAAAACAGGAUACACCACAAUGAUCUGAGUUUGAGAACCACUGGUCUAUUGGAUCAAACCUGUUUGCGGGUGUUGACUAACCUUUCAUAGAAGUACUCCUUUUGAUCACAGUCCUGUUUAAAAUCCAAGCUUUCAUCAUUCAAAUAGAAUAUAAAUAAACAAAUAUUAUACAAUUUAUGCAGAAAGUGUUAUAGAACAGGAACGUAAAGGGUUUUUUUAUUAGGUUAAUUCUCAUAGCACUAUAUCAUGUUCAAUUUAAUGUUUUUUGUACCCUUAAUAUGCUUAGGACUAUAUAAUUUUUACCCUCGAGUUUGAGGGGGAUCAGAUGACUUUUACUUAGAAUUUUAUUAAAAUACAUAAACAGAAGAUGCGCUGCACUUGACUCUUUAUGACUGUGGGACCGUAUGCUAAUGUCCGGUCUGCUCAUGGUCCUCUGAAGAGUAUGUUGGCAUGAUGGCAGUUACAAUAGACGAGUUAUCUGUGCCGCAGGUUUUGUGACCAGUCACAACUCUGUGUGGCUUUUUGACAGGGUUGCCAGUUUGAGAAAGCAGAAAUAGAGGAUGGAAAUGUGCUAUUAAAUGCUAUAAAUAAGUGUACGUGGUCUUGGUGGGUGGUAUGACAGCUGUUGAUCACGAGGGAAUUUUUCUCUUGAAUAAGUCUUUCAGGCCUAAAAAUAAUUUGCUUAUGCAACAGAGACUAUUUUGUGUGUCCACCUGUAAACAACAGAUAUCUAUCAGACAUCCACCCAGUUAUGUUGUUUUGCUACUGAAAAAAAUAAAGAAACGGAUCACUUGACAUUUGCAUUACUUUGCUCACAGGAUAGUAAGCCAAAAUGAACAGGAGCAUACCUUGCCAGAACCGAUGCCCUCUUGACUUACUUCAGUCCAAUGUUAGCUGCUGAGUAUUUGAUAGCCACUUGUUCAGAUAACAUUUAUUGGUAUGCCAUGCGUUACUGCUAUGGACACAUUAAAAUAAUGGAUCGCCAUUGGUUGUGUGAACAAGAGAACCCGCUAGCAAUGUCAGAAAUGUUAAGAUGGGAAUGCUGCGUGUUCCGUGUCGGAAAGCAGCUCAUAAGAAUUUGUGAUGAUGUCAGCGAUGGCCUGACACAGCAGAGAGGUAUAUGGGCCAUAAAGCCAGCUUCAUGUUAUUGUGCUGAGUGUCUGUCACUGGAUAAUGUCCAUAUAGUAAAGAGUGAUCUUUCAGUUGGCCAAGCUGUUGUUGUUCAAGUCAUUGGAAAUUUGCUGCAGGCUUGCUCUUUCACCCUGUGAAGCUUCUCUUUUAAAAUAGAAAAAUCGACUUCUAGACUUAGAUCUUAUUGGCAUUUAAUCCCUAAGAAUAUCAAUGAUGUUCUAAAGCAAAUAAUUCUUCUGUUUCAUUUCGCAAGCUUCAUGACAAAACAUGACAAACAUGUUGAGCUUGUUUUUGGUACUUGGAAGAUUUGCACAUUUUAAAUUUUUACAUAAUGUAAAUAUAUUGGAAGCCUAGAGCUGAUAAUCUUUUUAAAAUCACAUAAAAAUGUAUGAGCAAAACAAAUAGACAAGCCAUUAAAUUUAAGAGUGCAACUGUUUCGUACCGAACGCUGCAAUGGUAUACAUUAAGAUAUGUUCUCUGUAAAGCCAUUUUAGUCCAACUUUGAGAGCAGAGCUCUGUUUUUAGCCUCAUGGCUCUUUGAUGCUUGGAGCUCAGAACAGGCCAGGCACACUGCAUGAAGUCCUUAGAAAGAGGUGCUCACGUGUUUAUGUAUGGUUUCUCUUAUUUUUCAUUGUGUAAAUCAGUUAGAUGCAAGAUGACAGCUUGCAGGUUCGCAGAACAGAGGGGGGAUACAUCUAAAUGGCAUCUUGAUUAUAUGACCAGCAGGACUGUAGUCUUUCUCUGGGGCAUUUUUAAGUGAUUCACAUGAAUAAAAGUGUGGGCCAUUUUCCCAGAAUGCAACACACAGUUUCAGAUGGCCUCUCCAUCACUGCUGGAAAAAUAUCAUUAACAGACUGUAAAUAGACAUUAAUCAGUCCUCUUAUAUUAUUCACAAAUAAAAACGAACAGCUUCU